GGUGAUAUCAAAUAAGAGAAUGUGUUUAUUGCUUUGAUACCAAAGGAUGAGACACAAUUAUCUUGCACAUGAGCUUGCAGAUAUAUCAGUUGGAAAUUUUAGAUGGCUCAGAGAAAGAAUUGAAAAGCGCAUUGAAAAUUAUUCAAGUGGGCCUGAAAAUGAUUCUGAGACGAUGACGAGAUUUGUGACAGGUGGCAAUCAAAGGAAGCUUCAUAGAGUGUGGAAUUUUUUCGUAGGUAAAGAAGUUGUUCGAUGGUGUUGCCCAUUUCGGGGUAGGAAAAUGGACUCAUAUAAGAAAUCCCUUUUUUCAUCAUCAACUCAUCAAACACCUAUACAUUUGAAGGACAGAUGGCGAAAUCUUUUGAAGGCAAGUCAUGCGCUAAAAGGGAGUAGAAUAAAGGAUAUAUGACACCAAAAUAUUGCUACAAAAAGGAUUUAUGACACCAGAGGCGAAAGUACAUGGGCUUGCAAAGUACAUGGGCUUGCAAAGUACCCAAAUAAGGUACGUCAAGCAUAGCCUACGCUGAUUGCAACUGCAUCAUUUCUAUCAUACAUUGAGCAGCUACCACGUUUAUUUUUUAUAUCGAAUGUUGGCGUAUUGUAUUCAGUAACUUAUUUAUUUGUUAAUAUUUUAGACAUUCUCUCUUUCAAUUUGUAAGGCAUGGAUUUAAUAUUAUUCUUCCCUAAAAUCACUAUUUUGGUUUAAUAGGACCACAUAAUUAGUUUUAUUCAUGUAAAAAGAAAAAUUACAA